UCUCUCUCUCUCUCUCUCUCUCUCUCAUGAGAACUCUCAUGCUCGAGCCUCGAUAGACGGCUCUUCCAGAGAAUCGCAAGCGGAGCAAUGGAAUCAGUGAAGGAGGAGAAGGUGGAGGAGGUGCUCUACGAGAUCCGUCAUCAUGCGAGGAGAUCCGUGACCCCCGAUUCAUCCCAGGAUUCGGUUAGCGUGGUGUCGACGGGCGGUUUUCGAUCCUAUCUCUCACUUCAAGGUUUAAAACAAUUCAGAAAGAAGUUGGGUGGUUAUAAGAAACCAAGGACAUUGAAGAGAAGGUUCUCUCUUUUUGUGUCGCCCGGUGGUGAGCAUGUUGCUGUAGCAGUUGGAAAUCAGAUCAUUAUAUUGCAGAAGGAUGAUGACUAUAUGGAACCAUGUGGCAUCUUUGUUAGUAAUGACCUGCAAACUACUUUCAUUAAUGGCUCUUGGUUGGAGCCAUGUGGUAUUCUUGGAGUCACUGAUGAAGCUAGUAACCUUUACUUCAUCAAGUCAAAUGGGGAUGAGAUAUCAAAGAGUUGUAGGAGUCAGUUGAAACUGAAAUCACCUAUCAAGGGCCUGAUAUUUCCCAGUAAUAUCAAAUUAGAAAAAUCUCCAUUUGUAUCUAAUGGAUCCAGUGCUCCACAUAGGAUUGGCUUCAUUUUCACAGAAGACGGCUUGUUUUGUCAUGUUGAUGUUACUCAGCAGCCAAGUGCGCGCAACUAUCCUGUUUCCGCUUCAAGCAAUCAGUUAACGAAGAAGCAACUUCCACAUAAUGUGUCAUGCCUGGAUUUCCAUCCAGAUCUCUCUUUGGUGGCCCUUGUUGGUGCUUCAAGUGUUUCAGUGAAUUCCAAUGAUUCUGCUGGGUCAUAUUCGCUCUAUCUGAUGCUCAUAACCGCGAAUUUUGAGGCAGAACUGAUGUUCUGUAGCCCUCAUUUUGAAGGCUUAUUUUCUCCUUCGGAAGAUCAUAUAUAUCCUAUCGCAUCUCCGAAAGUGACAAUAUCAAUGAAGGGAAAAUAUGUCGCUACGCUGUCUUUGUCUGGAUGUGUUGAUAUAUUUGACAUGGAUAUUGACCAAUAUUCUCUUUCACUUCAUUUGUCUGGGGGGCAGUAUCCGGACAUGUCCAACAACUUGCUACUUGAACAAAAGAAAUACCUAACUGAUGUUAUCAAUCUCAGUUGGUGGAAUGAUCAUUUUCUCAUUCUUGUGAAGAAGAAUGGCAGAAUAACUAUGUAUGAUGUUUCUGCUGGCAGAGGAGUUUCAGAAAAUGAUCUAGACGUUUCUAUGCCUCUCACUGAGAGAGUCAAGAGUUAUGAAGGAUAUGUUUUUCUGUUGGAUGCUACAUCAUCAGGGAGGAAAAUCUGUAACAUGGAUACACCGGAUGAUCUGAAUGUCAAUUCGGAGAAUGACAACCAACUAGAUACUGGUAAAUGGUCCUGGAGUUUGAUGUCAUUUUUGAGUAGAUCUGUCCCAGAGAUGUUUAUGAUAUUUAUCAGUAAUAAAAAUUACAUAGCUGCUUUGGAAUUUGCUAGUCGUCACGGACUUGACAAAGAUGAAGUUUUUAAAGCACAAUGGUUAGAUUCUGAUCAUGGAACUAAGGCAAUAAGUAUGUUCCUAUCAAAAAUUAAGGACCAGGCUUUUGUGCUCUCAGAAUGUGCAAGUAAAGUUGGGUCAACUGAAGAAAUUACGAAGGCUUUACUUUCUUAUGGUCUUCACAUCACUGACCAAUAUAAGUUUUUAGACACAACUGAUAAUGAAUGCAAUCUUAUUUGGGAUUUCCGCCUGAUUCGGCUCAAGUUGUUGCAAUAUAGGGACAGUUUGGAGACCUUUGUGGGUAUAAAUAUGGGAAGGUUUUUAGCGCAAGAAUAUGUCAAGUUCCGUGCUUUGCCUCUUACAGAAUCUGCUAUAUCUCUUGCUGAAAGUGGCAAAAUUGGGGCCCUUAAUUUGCUUUUCAAGCGGCACCCAUACUCGCUGUCCUCUAGGAUUCUUGAUAUUUUGUCAGCUAUCCCUGAGACAGUCCCUGUUCAAACUUAUGGUCAGCUCCUACCAGGGAGAUCCCCUCCGAACACCUUUGCUCUACGGGAAGAUGAUUGGUUGGAAUGCCAGAAGAUGGUAGAAUACAUGAAUCAAAUGACUGCGAGCUCUGACAUUUUUCCUACUGAAAUUAUUCUUAAGCAUUCCAGGGGCUUUUUAUGGCCAUCAGCGAACGAACUUACUGAAUGGUAUAAGAAAAGAGCCAGGGAUAUUGAUAACCUAAGUGGGCAGCUAGACAACGGCCUUUCUUUGGUGGAAGUUGCCUGCCGCAAGGGUAUCACAGAAUUGCAAAAGUUCUGUGAGAUGAUCUCGUACCUGCAUCAGCUAAUCUACUCUGAUGAAAUUCAUGAAACUUUAAGUAUGAGUCUUGGUACAUGGGAACAAUUGUCGGACUAUGAGAAGUUCAGGGUGAUGCUUAAGGGAGUUCAAGAGGACAAUGUAGUAGAGAGAUUACGGAAAAGGGCUAUCCCAUUUAUGUGUGAUCAGUUUACCUUUCAAACUUGGGAUUCAGAAUGUGAGGUGAGGGAGCACACGGUGAAGGAUUACGAGCAAGGAGACUCCUUCCUUGUUAGAUGGUUAAAGGAAGUUGCUGCAGAAAAUAAAUUAGACAUAUGCUUGUCAGUUUUUGAAAAUGCUUGUGGGGAUUCACCAAUUGCUGGCCUCUUCAAGGAUGUGAGUGAACUAAUAGAAACUACACUACAGUGCAUAUAUUUGUGCUCGCUUACAGAUCAGUGGAAUAUAAUGGCAUCGAUCUUAUCCAAGCUUCCUCGAAAAACACUUAGGGACAAAUCAGCUAAUGAUGAUAAGGAACUUAGUCCAAAGCAUGUUGAUAAGUUGGAGAAGAGAAUAAAAAUAGCAGAAGGCCAUGUUGAAGUGGGGAGGCUGUUGGUUUACUAUCAGGUUCCGAAGCCAAUAAGCUUCUUUCCUAUUGCUCAAUCUGAUGAAAAGAAUGUAAAACAGCUUCUACAUCUUAUUCUUUCCAAAUUUGGCCGCCGGCAGCCGGGUAGAUCUGAUCAUGAUUGGGCUAACAUGUGGCGUGACAUGCAAUGUUUCCAAGAGAAGGCGUUUCCUUUUCUUGAUGUAGAGUACAUGCUGAUAGAGUUCAUUAGAGGGCUCCUAAAAGCUGGCAAAUUUUCUCUUGCAAGGAACUACCUGAAAGGAACAGGUACUGUUAUUCUGGAUUCAGAAAAAACUGAAAAUCUGGUUAUUCAAGCUGCGAGGGAAUAUUUCUUCUCAGCUUCAAGCCUUGCUUGCAUUGAGAUAUGGAAGGCUAAAGAAUGCUUAAAUCUCCUUCCAAACAAUAAAAACGUGCAAGCAGAGUCUGACUUAAUUGAUGUGCUUACGAUUAGACUUCCAAAUCUUGGGGUGACUAUUCUUCCAAUGCAAUUUAGGCAGAUAAGAAACCCCAUGGAAAUUAUUAACAUGGCCAUUGCAAGUCAAAAUGGAGUUUAUCUGAAUGUGGACGAACUUAUUGAAAUUGCCAAGCUUCUUGGAUUAAGAUCUAUUGAUGAUAUAGCUUCUGUAGAAGAAGCUAUAGCCAGAGAAGCUGCUGUUGCUGGUGAUCUUCAACUGGCUUUUGAUCUUUGUAUUGCUUUGGCUAAAAAGGGCCAUGGACCAGUUUGGGACUUAUGUGCUGCCAUUGCAAGGGGUCCUGAUCUUGACAAUAUGGAUUUGAGUUCUCGAAAGAAACUGUUAGGUUUUUCUUUGAGUCAUUGUGAUGAGGAGUCUGUUGGAGAAUUACUUAAUGCUUGGAAGGAAGUUGAUCUGCAAAGUCAGUGUGAACGGCUAAUGAUUUCGACUCAGACUUGUCCUCCUAACUUCUCUGUUCAAGGCUCUUCAAUUGUGUCACUUCCUGUACACAGUACCCAAGAUAUAUUUGACCUUAGGGCAAGCUCUGAGCUUCUAAAUAGCCCAACUCACAAAUGCCAGGCUGAUGACCAGUUUAAUUAUCAAAAUGUUGAACACAUACUUUCUCAAGUCAGCAAAAACUCAUUUAGAGAAGAUGGGAUUAGCCUGGAUUCUGUUUUGAGGGAAAACAGAAAAAUCCUUGCAUUUUCUGCAUUAGAACUGCCUUGGCUUCAAGAAUUGAGUGGAAAUGCAAAAUAUUGCGAAAAAGCUAUUCCUGGGGAACAAAUUCCUUUUGGAAAAAAUUACAUUUCAACUAGGGCACAAGCAUUGGUAACUAUCUUGUAUUGGUUGGCUGAGAAUGAUUUUGCUCCCAAGGAUGAUUUGAUUGUCUCCCUUUCAAAAGCUGUUAUGGAACCCCCUGUUACUGAUGAGGAAGAUGUUCUUGGAUGCUCAUUUCUGUUGAACCUUGCAGAUGCUUUCCAUGGUGUGGCCAUAAUAGAGGAACAAUUGAAUAGAAGAGAAGUGCAUCAUGAAGUAUACAGUAUUAUGAACAUAGGAAUGAUCUUUAGUUCACUUCACAACUCAUGUGCUGGGUGCUCGAAUCCUGAUCAGAGAAGAAAGCUUUUGCUCCACAAAUUUCAAGAGAGUCAUGUUCCACUUAGAUCAGAUGGGCUGGAUCAGAUUGAUCAAGCGCAAUCCACAUUCUGGAGAGAGUGGAUAAUAAAAUUAGAAGAGCAAAAACGGUUAGCUGAUCAAGCAAGGACUCUAGAACAGCUAAUUCCUGGAGUAGAAACUGCCCGCUUCUUAGCAGGGGAUAUCAAGUACAUUAAGAGUGCUAUUUUUUCCUUUGUUGACUCAGUUAAGCUGGAUAAAAGGCACAUUCUCAAAGAUGCUGUGAUGCUGGCUGAUAAGUUUGGGCUAAAUCGGAGUGAGGUACUGCUAAGAUUCUUUGGCUGUGCCCUUGUUUCUUACCAUUGGGAAAAUGAUGACAUUCUAGCUGAAAUAUCGGAAUUUAGGGAGGAUAUUGUCACUUGUGCAAAGGAUGUCAUUGAUAUGAUCUCCUCAGUUGUAUAUCCUGAAAUUGAAGGUCAAAACAAGGUGCGGCUUUCCUACAUCUAUAGUAUCUUGUCCGCAUGCUACUUACGGUUGAGGCGAACUGAAGAUCCAGCAAUGUUGGCAUUAUUGGAUCAAGGACAUAAGCACAUGCUAGAAGCAUUUCAAUUUUAUAAAAUUCUUGAACAAGAAUGCCAAAAGGUUUUUUUUAUUAAUGCAUUGAACUUCAAGAAUAUUGCGGAUUUGAGUGAUCUGAACUUUGAGCAUUUCAAUCAAGAAAUCGUUAAUAACAUUCAUGAAUCUACUGUAGAACCUCUGGCUAACAUGGUCCGUGUCCUUGUUGGCAUUUAUAAUGAUUCCAGUGAAAAGGGUCUGAUAUCAUGGCAAGAUGUUUAUAAGCAUCAUGUUAUAGGUCUUUUGGCAUCUUUAGAGAGCAAAACUGCGUCAAGAUCUGAUUGUGUUGAUCCUGGUGAACUGCACACUCUCAUAGGGGAAAUUGCAUUGAGUUAUGAUAGUUGCAAGAAAUAUAUUCGUGCACUGUCAGAAUCAGAUGCCUUGAACAUACUUGGGAGGUACUGUACACUAAGUAUUCCAUGUAGUUUUUCUGGAAGUCUGAAGAAUGAAUCUAUGUGGAAGAGCUGCUUGAUUAUGCUUUUGAAUUUUUGGGUUAAAAUGAUCGAUGAUAUUGUGGGGGGUGAAAAUAAUGAAGUGCCUUGUGAGAAGCCUGCUUACUUUGGUGUAAAGCAUCUGUCAAGAAGCCUGAAGGUUUUCAAGAGGCUAGUGACAGAAGGUGAAAUUUCUGCAAAUCAUGGCUGGUGCACUGUUUCUAGCUAUUGUAAAUCUAUUCUUGCUUGUGGUUUGAGUGCUGAUGUUUCAGUGUUCUGUCAGGCCAUGGUUUUUUCGGGUUGUGGAUUUAACUCUGUUGCUGAAGUUUAUUAUGAUACAGAGCUGACCUCAACAAACUUGAGUUCAGAUGACAAAGGAACACAGCUUAUUGACUUGUACAUCAAUCUGUUGAGCAGAGUAUUGUUAGAUUUGAGCAGAGGAGUUUCUGAGCAUCAGAAGUUGCAUUUGCUGCUGUCAUCACUAAGCAGAUUUGGUGGAAAAUAUAUAGAAGACCUUAAGAAGACCCGACAUGCAGUUUGGGAAAAGUUGAGUGUGUUUUCUGACAACAUGCAGCUGGAGAGUCACGUUAGGGUGUACACUCUGGAGUUAAUGCAAUCUGUCACUGGACAAAAUCUGAAAAGUCUUCCCACUGAACUUGUCUCGCAGGUUGAACCAUGGGAUGCGUGGGACGGUUCCUUCUGGAAGAAAGACAGUGUGAGUACAGAACAAGGAGAUAAUGCACCCAGAAGCAUCACAAGUAAUUUGGUUGCUCUCAGAUCAACUCAGCUGGCUGUGACAAUUUCACCAAAUAUAAAAAUCUCUCCAGAGGAUCUGUUGACCCUUGAAUCAGCAGUUUCUUGCUUCUUACAUAUAUCACAAUUCGCAACUUCCUUGGAUGAUCUCCAUGUAUUGCAAUCUGUUCUUGAAGAAUGGGGGGAGUUAUUCUCUAGCAAAAGUGAGAAGGAAAAGACAAGUGAAAGCCUCGAGGAGUUGAAUAACUGGAGCAGUGAUGAUUGGGAUGAAGGUUGGGAAGACCUUCCUGAGGAGCCAAUCCAAAGUGAAGGAAAGCAGGAAGGAUCUGUCUGUGUUCAGCCCUUGCAUAAAUGUUGGAUGGAGAUCCUCAGGAGGCUCGUUGGGCUAUCUCGAUUGGAUGCUGUAUUGAAAUUGCUUGACCGCUCGCUAUCAAAGCGGGAUGGUACAUUGCUUGAUGAAGAUGAUACUCAAUGUUUAUUGCAGCUCGUGCUUGAAAUUGAUUGUUUCACAGCUUUGAAAGUAGUGCUGCUGCUUCCUUACGAGGUUCCCCGAAUCCAUUGCUUGCACCUCAUUGAGGCUAAACUCAAGGAUGAAAGCAUUUCUAUGGUAUCAGCUGCAGAUGAUGGCGAGUGUUUGAUGCUUAUAGCAUACUCAGGAGUCUUGAGAGAUAUUACCAACAAUCCAGCUUUCAAAAAAGUGUUCUCCUUCGUCUGCUAUUCAGUUGGGCGCAUUGCUCGACUCUGCCAAGAAGAUCUUCUCAGGCGCAAUGGUGAUGGAAAUAAGGCCACUCUAAAUCAAUCAUUAUUAUUUGCCAGGGUUGUCUUUCCUAGUUUCGUAUCGGAGCUUAUCAAGGCACGCCAAUAUUUAUUAGCCGGAACUUUUGUUUCUCAGUGGAUGCACUUGCCAACAUCUCUUACUCUUAUCAAUAUAAUCGAAGCCAGUCUCCGAAAAUACUUGGAGGGCGAAGCCUUGCAAGCGCACGCUAGUAAAGUUCACGAACCAGGCCAGUCGGAAAUGAACUCAUAUGGAUCUCUAGUAUGCACUGUUUCCUGUUUGAGAGAUAAAUUAUCAACCCUUGUGCAAUCGGCUUUGUCAGCUUUGCAAACUGACAUUGUGAGAUAAGUUUUUUAAUUUAAAAUUCUUAAAUUCACCAUAAUUUCCUAUGUUCCUUGGUAGCAAUAUUUCAUGAAGAAAAUUUAUACACAUGUAUAGUUUCUGUCAUCUGUGAUCAAUUCCAGUUUAUUUUUACACUCAUGAUUCAGGAACAGUGUUCUCUAGCAAUGUCUAGAGUUAUCCAACAAGUUCUAUAGCCUCUACAUCAACAAGACAUUUGAUUUGAUCUU